UCUCUCGAAAAUGUUUCCUCUUCCUGCCCGAUAAAGGUACGCCCCCGAAAUAUGCGGCUCGUCAAAGUAUAAAAGCUGCGGGCUUUCGUCCGCAUGGCAUCAGUUAUUAGUUCGCAAUUCUUCGACCGUCACACAACGCAGUGCAAACCUCACCGAGAUGGCUUCCUUGAAAUUCGCCCUGGCCGCCCUUGCUCUGUCCGCCGUCGUCAUAAACUCAGUCGUUGCCGAUGAAGCAGCUCAAGCGGCAAAACUAGAUGGAGGAUAUCCGAAAUUCCCCUCUCGAUUUAGAAGACAGACUUACGUGCCUCAGGUGCCUCAAAUACCUAGCGACAUCUCAGGUAUCUCGAACUACAAGCCGCCAAGCUUCCCAACCAACGUCCCAACAGUCCCAUCAAUGCCAACCAACAUGCCAACAGUCCCAUCAAUGCCAACCAUGCCAACAGGAGGCUACGGAGAGUAUAUGAAGCCAGAGCACUGGCAGCAAUACACUAACGGUCUGCCCGGCACCGGCACCGGCACCGGCGGCGGUGCGUCGCAAUCAUAACAGGUCAUCGAAGAAUUCAACCAACUGACGACAACUUAUUGACAGCCCACCGCAAAUACCCGAAUACUAAAUCGACGAAUCUCAAAAACUAUUUAUUGAUUAAUUAAUUAAUUUAUUUAUUUAUUUAAAGAACCACUUAAUUUCCAUGAUCUUUAUACCCCAACAAUCCGCAUGGUUCAUUUUUAUUCACCACCUUGUCUCUUAUUCAGAGAUUCAGACUCACUUGUAUCACAGAAUUUUAAAAUUAAACCCACCUUGACAAUGACUAAAAA